AUGGCCUUCCUGGUGUCUGGGACUCUGAGGAUGGCUGCGCAGAUGGCAGAUGCUCAAGAGAGCCUGGAAAGAAAGGGGAAGUACAAUGUGCAGGGCCCAAGGGUAGCCCUGACACUCAGCAGCCCUGAGGUAUCAGCCUCUGCAGUGGCUAUCUUGGAGGGUGUGUUCCAGACCCUGGGCUUUGAGAGCUGCUGGAGGAGGAAGGCCUCAGUCCAGGACUUCCUCGAGGAACUGACUGGGUUCCGGGAACAGCUGGAUGCUCACAGGGCCCCUAUGGGCUGUGUCCUGGUGGCCUUGGUGGCCCCCAGCGGGCAGCUGAGGCAGCCACAGAAGUUGAUCCAGGAGCUAAGUGGCUGUGAGGCCCUGCGGGGCUGCCCCAAAGUCUUUCUGCUGCUCUCAAGUGCUCCUGGGGCUGCCCCCAAGCCUGGAGCCUUUCUCACUGGCCUGGGUGAACUCUGUGGUCGCUGUCCUCACUGGUCCCUGCUGCAGCUGCUGACGGAGGUCUUCUGCAGGACAGCUGAAGAGUCCUCAGGAACUACCUACUGCCCAGUUCUUCGGAGCUCCUUGCGGGGGGCACUGUGCCUGGGUGACGUGGAGCCCUGGGGGCCUGAGCCAGAACCCAGCCCCAGCGCUCAGUAUGACCUGUCUAGAGACAGGGCCGCCCUCUUCCUAGCUGUGACCCAGGACCGGCCUGGGGCCCAGCAUGAUGUGGAGGCAUUGGGGAGCUUGUGCCAGGCCCUGGGCUUCAAGACCACCCUGAGGACAGACCCUACAGCUCAGGGUUUCCAGGAGGAGCUGGCCCAGUUCCAGGAGUGUCUGAACAGGUGCAGAAGCCCUGUGAGCUGUGCUCUUGUGGCCCUGAUGGCUCAUGGGGACCUGCAGGGACAGCUGCUGGGGGCUGAUGGGCAAGCAGUGCAGCCAGAGGCAUUGGUGCAGGAGCUGAGCCACUGCCAGGCCCUGCGGGGCUGUCCCAAGAUUUUCUUGCUUCAGGCUUGCCGUGGAGGACACAGGGAUGCCGGCUUGGGGCCCACAGCUCUCUCCUGGUUCUGGCGCUGGCUGCGGGCACCAUCAGUCAUCCCCUCCCAUGCCGAUGUCCUCCAGAUCUAUGCGGAUGCCCAAGGCAGCUCCUCCAGGGGCUUCACUCCAGGGAGCUGCGACCAAGCAGACAUCCUAGUGGUCUAUGCAGCCGCCGAGGGCUGUGUAGCCUAUCGGGAUGAAAAGGGCUCAGACUUUAUCCAGACGCUGGUGGAGGUCCUCAGAGCUGCCCCUGGGGGAGACCUUCUGGAGCUACUGACUGAGGUCAAUCGUCAGGUGUGUGAGCUGGAUGUGCUGGGUCCUGACUGCGAUGAGCGCCGCAAAGCCUGCCUGGAGAUCUGCAGCUCCCUGAGGCGCCGGCUCUGCCUACAGGCCUGACUUUGCCUGCAGCCACCCGGUGGCCACACCCCAGUGCCACCACUGACUCUAUCCACUUCUCAGUUACCUCACCUAUAAAUGGGACA